AGUCGAACACCCCAGUUCAACUACCCAGCCCUUCCUUCCUUCGCUAUCCUUCCUUACAACCUGCUCGCCAUGUUCGCCCGUCUCCCCGUCGUGUUCCUCUACGCCUUCGUCGCGUUCGGCGCCCUCGUCGCUGCCCUCCCAGGUGGCCACCCGGGCACGACCACGCCGCCGGUUACGACGACGGUGACGGUGACCACGCCGCCCUCGACGACGACCAUCGCCGCCGGUGGCACGUGUACUACGGGGUCGCUCUCUUGCUGCAACCAGGUUCAAUCGGCGAGCAGCAGCCCUGUUACCGCCCUCCUCGGCCUGCUCGGCAUUGUCCUCAGCGACCUCAACGUUCUCGUUGGCAUCAGCUGCUCUCCCCUCACUGUCAUCGGUGUCGGAGGCAGCGGCUGUUCGGCGCAGACCGUCUGCUGCGAAAACACCCAAUUCAACGGGCUGAUCAACAUCGGUUGCACCCCCAUCAACAUCCUCUGAGCAGGUGAACGCGCCUGUCGGUGGGAUAUUCGGGCGACGGGAGCCUCGGGCAAUCUGAGCCUCGUUACUGCCUAGCAAAUUCGGAAUCCCUUCGAUGUCAUAGGGUCGCGGACAAGUGAUCGUCUUGCUACAUACUCCAAGGUGUUGACUCAUUCCCUCGAUAAUGAACAUUGUUGUUGUUGUUUGUUCUCUAUCCGCUCAGUCACGCGACCCCACACGUGCAUGGUUGAAC